AGUCUGGGUUUCUGUUUCCAUUAUAAAUUCGAGUACUUUGAGCAUGUCUGAAGCCCAAGCGGAAGAGAGAGAAGUUCUGGAUUCCAUCUAUGAAGGCGACUCGAGAUACAAGAAGCUGAAUGAAACUGUGUUCCAGUACCAGUGCGGAGAACAUGGUUCCCAGAAGUCUUUCAUUGUCCAAGUACGUUGGGUGGAGGAUUACCCUGAAGUUCAGCCUGAAAUCUCCUUGGACGUCUUCUACAACCAGCAUUUGGUCGAAGUCGUGAAAAACGGGAUUCUUGAAGAAGCUACGAAAGUUGCUGUGGAUAAUUUAGGCAUGGCUAUGACGUACACCAUUUUUGAGGCCUUGAAGGAUAGUGUCGACAAGCUAACUGAGGAACAGCCUCUGUAUAUUCCAACUGCCAAGCCGGAAGUGGAUCUGAGUGAAUUGUGUCUUGAUGAGUCCUCGGGCAAAGUGAAGAAGACCAAUUUGACGAAAGCGCAGAAGAGGAAGGCGUUCGACAGAUAUGGAGCUAGUGGCGAGCUUCCGCGUGGAUGGAACUGGGUAGACAUAAUGGAAGGAGGUGAAAAGAGGAUCCGCCUCUCAUUUGACUUCGUCAUGUAUGAGUUGCUGCAUGAGCGGUUUGUGGAGAUGGAUCAGCUCGGGGAUCCUUGCAUGUACGAGGAAGCUGUAUCCGCCUUUUUCCAUCAACGGAAACUGAAGCGUGACGGGAAUCUGGACUACGUGGAGUACCGGUACUACAUCGCGAAUUUGCUGCAUUUCGACCAUCUGUGUCCAUGCACACUGUAAUUGGCAUACCUCAUGAUUUACGCGCUGAGUCACCUGGGGCAGUGAAGGAAGGAUUCGUUAUCGCAAGUGAUACUUUUGAUGUUCAUUUCGUUCUCUGUGCGAUUUAGUCCAUCUCUUUGACAAAAAUUCUAUGGCAGC